AUGAUGUCUGGAGAAGCUUGGUUGUUCCUGCUGUCGGUGCUUAUCAACGCCGUCAACCUCUUCUUGCAGGUCUUUUUCACUAUUAUGUACAGUGACUUGGAAUGUGACUACAUUAACCCUAUUGACCUCUGCAACCGACUCAACACCUACAUCAUCCCAGAGGCUGCCGUACACGGUUUCUUGACAUUCCUCUUCCUUAUCAAUGGAUACUGGGUGCCUCUUAUCCUCAACCUGCCUCUCCUUGGCUGGAACGUCAAGAAGAUCGUUGACAACACUCACCUCCUCGAUGCGACUGAGAUCUUCCGCAAGCUUAACGUCCACAAGAAGGAAUCUUUCUUCAAGCUGGGCUUCCACUUGAUCAUGUUCUUCUUCUACCUCUACAGCAUGAUUGUUGCUCUUAUCCGAGACGAGUCUUCCUAA